GCUUGAGACACGGAGACUGAACUGCUCCCUCCCUCCCUCACCCCCCUAAGAGAAAGGGGGCUCCCUCCAGUCCAGGGCAGGCUUGAGGCACGGAGACUGAACUGCUCCCUCCCUCCCUCACCCCCCUAAGAGAAAGGGGGCUUCCUCCAGUCCAGGGCAGGCUUGAGGCACGGAGACUGAAAGUUCUGUAUUUUUAUUCUGUGUGUUUUUUUUUUUUAGGAAUUACAAAAUAGCACCAGGAACCAGAAAGGAGAUUCAGUCCAGCAAACUGCACAUGAUGUCAGGGAUGUCCAGGAGUUUGGAAUCGCUGGUCGAUAUUAACAGUAAACCUCCAGGGAAGUUAAAUCAUACGCCCCACAGGAAACCUCCCGCAGACUCCCGGGGUCCGGGAGCCCCAGAACUAGAGUUCCGCCGGCUGAGCGAUGACCCCCAACAUCGGCCCGCUCCGCUCAACUUCAUGAACCACAAGGAUUCCCUCCUGAACCCCAACGUCAGGCUGCGCGCAGGGGGGGUACACCCCAGGGAACGCAGGCCAGCUCUCAGUCAAGUCCAGGGCCUGUGGCCUGCCCCGCACCCAGGCAGUAACCUGGUGGCGAUGGCGCCCUUCGCUCGCUCCACCCCCCAGAUCCUCGACAGCAUGGAACAGAAGCAACGGCCGCCCCCGGCAACCGCUAACGACUCCCGCAAAUCAGCGAUCCUGCAGGUCCAGGAGGCAGUGCACGGAGUCACACUGGAGGAGUGUCGAGACGCCCUGAGAAUUCACAACGGGGAUCCACUGAGAGCAGCACAGUACCUGAAGACGGAAAACUUGUAUCACAUGGGUCGACGUUCCCGAGAGGAUUGUCAGCGCAUCCUGGUUCGCUUCCAGUGGAACCUGCAGGCCGCGAGUCGCUACAUGAUGAGAGACCGACAGGGGUCCUAAACACGGCCCCCAGGGGCCCCGGGAACAGGGAGACCUUCACCAAGACUACAGACCUCCUGACAGGCAGGCUGAAGAAAGAAAACAGACACAUGCACUACAGAGCUGCGGCCACAAGAGGGCGAUAAAGAACUGUUCAAAUGUCUUUACCCUAAACUGCUGUGUUGUUGCUCUGCAUCAUAAUUGUGUUUACAAUCCAGGGCUGAGAGCCAUCGUUUCCCAAUACGAUAUUUAGGGCUGUAUUUUUUUCUGCUUAAAAAAAAUAGGUAUUUCAUGAUAUUUCACAGUUAAACAUCAUAUUUAUUAAAGCAGAAAAAUACUGCGUCGCAUUCAAAAUGGAUCAUUUUCUCUAGAGUUUACUGUACACCAAAUGUUCCUAAAUAAUAGAGGUUCUGUUUUUCACCGUCAGUGAAUUAUCAAACAAAAUAAAAACAUCAAUGAAUUACUUGAUCUUUGAUGCAGCUGGUGUCUUUUUAGUUGAAGACAUCUUAAAGAAAUCGUGCAGCUUCUAUGCAGUGUGUGUUCAAUCGUUUACUGGAAGGAAGCAAACUAAACCGGCUGCUAGGUUCCUAAAUGCAGCGCGACAGUCACGCUGAAUGCAGCGACAGUCAUGCUGAAUGCUGUCUGUCACGCUGAAUGCAGAGUGACAGGCAGCGCGUCUAACAGACAAACGCUCGUUGUAUUUAUUAUUCAGAGCUAAAAAAAAAAAUCUGUAUAUUGAUACAAUUCUAUCAGAAAUUUUCACAGGAACCGCGCAUUACAAAACAAUGGGAAAAUGACAGGAAAUCGUGAAAUCCGUGAAAAAAAUACAGCCUUAGCUCGCACAAGCUGGGAUUCAGUUUUUUUGUUUUGUUAAAUGAAAAUGUACAUAUAGAUAUAUAUUUAAAUAUUAUUUAAUUUUGAAUUAACUGAAAAGAAAAACAAUUGUUUGUACCAAUUCUGUGUUUAUAUAUAUAUAUAUAUAUAUAUAUAUAUAUAUAUAUAUAUAUAUAUAUAUAUAAUUUCGUAUAAUGUUGAAAGGUUCUUUGAAAUAAUGGGUUUUAAUUAAUCAGGUUAUAAGGACAGCUCAAAUAUGAAAUAUGGGCGGAAAAAGUGUUUUUUUGUACAUUGUUACUGUGGUAUUACCCUGGCAACGCAACGUUACGCGGCUCCAGUUCUGUAUAUAACUGCUAUGUAUAUUUUCGUGAAAAAGGGUUUAUUUUUUUU